AUGGGUAGAAAUAUCAGUUAUCUCAUCGAAAGAUUUACAGAUCAAUGGUCAGUUAGAGACUGGGUGGAAUUAGGUUAUUUCAGUGAAGAAUAUAUUUGCGAUAUCAAUUUACAUUGGCUGUCAUUUGGACCACCUGAUUGGUCUAGUUUUAUUACGUUGGCAGUAAUAUAUCUCAGUAUUAUGCUGGCUGGGUUUUUAGGAAAUUUCCUUGUAAUUUUUUUAUUUAUUAGAUGCAAAUCAUUACGAACACCAGGUAAUACACUUAUAGUAAACUUAGCUGCUAGUGAUGGAAUGAUAACUCUGAAAACUCCAAUUUUCAUUUACAACUGUUUCCAUAUGGGACCAGCUUUAGGAGAUAUAGCUUGCAGAGUGUAUGGAUUCGUCGGUGGACUAAGUGGCACAGUUUCUAUAGUUACCUUAAGUGCCAUUUCCUUUGAUCGAUAUAUCAUGAUCAAAUUUCCCCUAAAAAGGGUCUAUUCUAAUUUAAGAGUGAAAAUAUGCCUCAUCAUUAUCUGGCUCUAUGGCUUGACGUUCUCCCUUAUACCCGUUUUAGAUAUAGGCCUCGGAAAAUAUACUUACGAGGGAUACCUUACCAGUUGCAGUUUUGACUAUUUAACCCACGAUGCAGACGAGAGGUACUUCAUUUUCGCCUUUUUCAUAGCUGCAUGGGUGGUGCCCUUUCUGGUGAUUACCUUCAGCUACGUAAACAUCGUCAAAGUCGUCACUUCUAGAUCAGUUGUCAGUAAAGACUCUUUCCGCCAUGUAAAAGAAGAAAGCAGUAAAAAGCAGGAGGUGAAACUGGCGAUCAUAGUGAUGUGCUCCAUUUGCUUGUGGGUCAUAGCUUGGACACCUUACUCUGUAGUAGCUCUUUUAGGGAUAUUUGACCAACAGCACCUCAUAUCUCCCCUGUCGUCCAUGAUUCCAGCUGUAUUUUGUAAGACAGCGAGUUGCCUCAAUCCGUUUCUCUACGCUUUGUCACAUCCGAGGUUUAAGCAGGAACUGAGGAAUAUGAUUUGUAGGACUGAAAGAUCUAGACAGAUUAGUAAAAUUUGGUCAAGUUCUACAAGUAAAAGAAAUACUGCAAGUUACAAAGAAUCGUCGGAUGUUGAGGAAGAAGUUAUUGAACUUGAUGUAAGAUCUGUAAAAUGUUCAAGACAAACAUCUGAGAUUCCAACCGCGGAAAUACAUGUACAAAGUAAACUUAAAAGGAAACCCUCUGCAAUUGAAAUGCUCUGUCUUCCUCCGAACUUCAGUAAUAAGUCGUCUACAUUGAGGAAGAUGUCUAGAAAAUGGUCGAUGAAGAACAAAUCAAAGGAAGGAAAAUAG